AUGUCCGAGCUUAAGGCUGAGACACAUAGUGGAGAUAGUGGAGAUAGUGGAGAAUCCGCACGUUCCGGCGGUGCGUGGAUUUGGGACCACGAUGGUGUUGACUUUGACUGGGAGUAUCCUGGGGCCGAUGACCGUGGUGGCUCUGCCGAUGAUGGAGCCAACUAUGCCAAGCUUCUCAAGGAGCUCAAAGAUGCAAUCAAAGACAGCGGCCGUGACUAUCUUGUCACCUUCACAUCUCCAACAUCCUACUGGUAUCUUCGCCACUUUGAUCUGAAGGCGAUGGCUGAUAAUGUUGACUGGAUUAAUCUGAUGGCAUAUGACCUUCACGGUGAAUGGGAUAGAGAUAAUCCAAUCGGCAGUCGAGUCCUCGCUCACACCAACUUGACUGGUAUUGAUGAAGCACUUGAUCUGUUCUGGCGAGUGGAUAUCGAUCCUUCUGAUAUUGUCCUUGGCUUAGGAUUCUAUGGCCGGACCUUUAAGCUUCGUGAUGCUUCGUGCUGGAAGCCCGGAUGUGAAUUCAGUGGUGCUGGUGCAAAAGGUCCCUGCACUGAUACUGAGGGAAUUCUCUCAUAUAGGGAAAUCUCGCAGAUCUGUAAGGAUACUGGGGGCACUGCCUAUCUUGACAAAGAGGCUGCUGUCAGGUAUAUGGUAUACGAUGACAAUAGCUGGGUUUCUUUUGACGACGAGACUACGUUCAAGAUGAAAAUCGACUAUGCCAACAAAAUGGGUCUUUCCGGUCUGAUGAUCUGGGCGAUUGAUCUUGAUGAUAACCGUCUCAGCGCCUUGCGAGCUGUGUCUGAUUCAGAUGCUCUGGGAAGUUCCGGAUCUGCAUUUGAUCUUGUCGAUUAUGCCCACAUAUUCCCCUCGGACAUUCGUCCACUAAAUUCCACGAAACCCGUUUACGGCAUUUCGACCUUUGGAGGUGGUGACUCUAUGAGUCCCAAUGGAGGUGGCUUUGGUUUCCUUCUUGUUGCUGGCGAGUCCCAUGCCGUCUCGAGACUGCGAAGGCGAGACAACGAGCCAGAGCCUUUUCACUUCCUCGACUGCCCUUCAGAUGUUGCGGAUGCUCCCAAAGACCACAUUCAUACAGCUCGAGUCGUUUGCCUCAGUGAUGAUCUGAAUGGGUGCUUCCAAGUGAUGGAGCGAGGCGUCGAGGGCACCAUCGUGGAGAUGCCCGACAAUGCUGUGUCCGCCGAGAUCAAGAAGCGGAACCCUACAUCCCAGGUCUACGACUUCAAAUUUGACUACAAUAUGGGCUUGAGUCGGCGUGAUACGACCAACAGAACGAGUAUCCGCUUAGAUUACUCGAACGUCAAAGGUUACUGGGACAAAACAGUGGACUCGCCCGGAGUCGAGGAUGACGACGGCGUGAUGGAAGCACGAUCCAGAGUCAAAAGGUUCUGGUCGUCCAGCCCCAAGGACUGGAAGAGGAGCUAUACGUCCUCACGCUCACACGCAGACUUUGAAUACGAUAGCACCAAUGCCAUCCCUAUCAAGCGGAACAUCAGCGAGCUGGUUUGGUAUCAGACUGCCAGAGAUUGUGAAGUGGAGGGAGAAGAUUGGGGCGAAGCCUUUGCAGCCUAUGUCGCCAACGGUUUUAUCACGGCCGGCGGUCAGAGUGAUCUGACAUAUGACAUUGACGGCUUCAGUGAGGUCGAUUUCUCCAGGGCAGAUAUGGGUAAUCCAAUUCACGGCGCGACACGAUCCUUCGAUCUGAAAGGAAUGACCAUCAGGGCUGGUAAAAACAGUUUCCCCUACCUUGACGUCAGCUAUGAGCUCGCCUCUUUCAACGGAUCCAACAGUACGUCCUUCAGCAACAGUGCCACAAGCUUCAUCGGCCAUCUCGAGACGCGAGUGAUCCAGGACUUCUCCAAUGUUACUGCAUACUGGCCAAUUGACUUUCCAGAGAGCGGAAAACCCGAGUCUGGCAAAUUUGCACCGAAUGAGAUCUUUGUCAACAACAACAACAACAACAAGGUCUGGUACAGUGACGGCGACGGCGGCAAGCUGGCCGUCGGCACCUUCCUAAGAUUUGGUGUCAAUAUCCACCUUGACGUACAUGGGCAAGAUCGCCGUACACUCGAAUCGACCGCAGUUGGAGAUAUGGCAUUGAUGUACAACACCGUCUCAAAUUUCGCCUUCUAUCCUGCGGAUGAUGAUUCUGAUAUGUCUUGUACCGAUUUCACGGUUGCGUAA